UUUCCUUGGUCUUUGUCUUUAUCAAAAACAUGUAUUUUACACAGUUAAGUCGAACAAGGGAAGUAAUGGUCAAUGGCCUUCCUGUAAGGGUGAAGUAUUGCGAUACCUGUAUGCUGUAUCGCCCUCCUCGUUGCUCACAUUGCUCCAUUUGCAACAAUUGUGUUGAACGUUUUGAUCAUCAUUGCCCUUGGGUUGGCCAAUGCAUUGGAUUGAGGAACUACCGUUACUUCUUUAUGUUUGUUUCUUCGGCGACUCUUCUAUGUAUCUAUGUGUUUUCCAUCUCAGCUUAUUACAUCAAGGUUCUGAUGGAUGAUAGUCAUGGGACAGUGUGGAAGGCAAUGAAAGCAUCCCCUGCAUCUGUUAUACUAAUGGCAUAUUGUUUCAUCUCUUUGUGGUUUGUUGGUGGACUAACUGGCUUUCAUUUGUACCUUAUUAGUACAAACCAGACCACCUAUGAAAACUUUCGAUACAGAGCAGAUAACAGGAUCAAUGUUUACAAUCGGGGGUGUCUAAAUAAUUUUCUGGAAGUAUUUUGUACAAAAGUGAAGCCUUCAAGGAACAAUUUCCGGGAUUUUGUUCAAGAGGAAGUACCGAGGCAACCUCCUCCAGUCAUUAUCCGGGAGCCUGAACCAGAUUUGGGGGGAGAUCCGCGUUCCAAGGUUGAAGAUGAUCUAGACAUCGGUGAAGACCUAUUAAAGAUAUCACAACGUCGGAAUAUUGAUGAAAUUGAUGACGAUAUUCGGAGCAGAGGGAGCAAUGGACCUUACAAUAUUACAUCAGAAGGUGAUUCAGUUUUAGGCUCAGAUCGUCGAACUCCAACAGUUCGAUCCGAAGAAAGGCACUCAAGUUGGAGAAGAAGUGGAAGUUGGGAAAUUGCGGCAGACGUACUUGCCAAUUCAAAUGUAACUGAAACUAGAAGCUAUGUUUCUUCGCGGCAAUGAUUUUGGUUUCUUUGAUGUUUGCAUAGCAUAUCAACUUUAGGUGAUAUGGGUUUUGCUUAUAUAUCAAAAAGAUGGAAUAGGGAAAUACUUCUUAAUCUUUGUUUACUUUUAUAGGAAUGUGAAUUGAAUUGAUUGAAACAUUAAGUAAAAAAACACUUAUUUGACCUUUUUUUGUUAAUCUUGGCCCUUAUGGAAAA